UUGUUGGAUUGGCCCCGCCUCUCUUGUAAUUGCUCACCUGUGACAUCCGGCUCCUUCCCAAACUAUUGUUGUUUUAGUAGAGUUUCUCCUGUGAUGUGUAUGAUUUAAAAAGAGUAUUGUGACACCUUCUAUAUAUUUUCUUGUUCUGCAGGGCUUCAGCUUCUUGACAUUCUACCAAAAUUAAGAGAACAAGAGGAUGAAGACUUGAUUAUCCAACGUGAGGCAUUUGAAGAGGCAAUGGCUGAAGAUGAGGAGGAGCUCUUGCAAUUGUAUGGUGGCAUCGACAUGAGUAAUCACCUGGAGGUCUUCACAACUCUCUUCAACAAGGUGAGCAGCUCCCCGUCUUCCCUGCAGCUGAUGUCCAUUCUGCAGUCGCUGCUCCUUCUGGGGCCAAGCCGCUCUGAUAUCUGGCUGGCUUUGGAGGCCGUCACAAACCGAGCCAUACUGUUGGCGCAAGACUCUCAAAUGGGGUGCUCUGAGAAGAUCAUGGAGCGCCUGAUGUUCUCCAAGGGCAAGAGCUCUGAGACUCAUUACGAAGUAGAUGGACAGACGGUCAAAAUAGACAAGGGUGUGCAGACUGGUCACGAAGACCAAGACCAGUUGAAGAAAGGCUCGGCAUCAUCUCGGAACUCACGGUGUGCUGCUGCUGCUGCUCCAUCUCCUCCUUUGAGUACGAACAAGCCCAAAGGUUCGAUGCAGUGUCCUCCACCAGCACCGCCUCUUCCGAGUAUGAACGGGCCCCAAGGUUCUUUGCAGUGUCCACCACCUCCACCACCUCCUCCACUGCCUGGAGCAUUCGGUGGACCUCCACCACCUCCUCCACUGCCUGGAGCAUUCGGUGGACCUCCACCACCACCUCCACUCCCUGGAGCAUUCGGUGGACCUCCACCACCACCUCCACUCCCUGGAGCAUUCGGUGGACCUCCACCACCACCUCCACUCCCUGGAGCAUUCGGUGGACCUCCACCACCCCCACCCUUACCUGGAAUGGUGCCGCCGCCACCACCUCCACCAUUACCUUGCGGUCCGGGCAUGGUGCCCCCGCCACCUCCACCUCUGCCCGGUAUGAGCAAUGGACCACCGCCGCCACCUCCCUUACCCGGCAUGCCACCCCCUCCUCCGCUCCCAUCGGGCAUGAUUGUGGCUCAGAGCAGGUUUGCACUGGGAUGCAGCAUCCCUGCAAAGGCGGGCAGAUGUCCCACUCUGAGGAUGAAAAAGCUCAACUGGCAAAAGCUCCGAUCUGUUACCGAUGGGCACUCCAUGUGGGCUUCAGUUCAGAAAGAGCCUCCUCCUCACGAGCCGGACUAUAGCAGUAUCGAGCAGCUGUUCUGUCUCCCGGUGACCGAGCACAAAGACAAGGGGGCAGCUGCUCCUGUCAAGAAGGAGCCUAAAGAGAUUUCGUUCAUCGAGCCCAAUAAAAACUUGAAUGUCAAUAUAUUCCUGAAGCAGUUCAAAUGCUCAAACGACGACUUUGUGGCGAUGAUUCAGAAAGGUGACAGAAGCAGGUUCGAUGUGGAGGUGCUAAAACAGCUCUUAAAGCUCCUGCCAGAAAAACAUGAGAUUGAAAAUUUGAAGUCUUUCCAAGGAGAAAAGGAGAAGCUGGCAAAUGUCGAUCGUUUCUUCACAUCGCUCCUCACUGUUCAAUGUUAUCAGCUGAGGAUCGAGUGCAUGUUGUUGUGCGAGGAGACUGUGUCGGUGUUGGAGAUGCUCCAACCUAAAGUCAAGUUGGUGGAGGAGGCCUGCCAAUGUCUCCGGAUGAGCACGCUUGUACCCAGUUUCUGCAGGCUCAUCCUCGACGUGGGCAAUUUUCUCAACUAUGGAAGUCACACAGGGAACGCUGAGGGGUUCAAGAUCAGCUCACUUCUCAAGCUUACAGAGACCAAGGCCAACAAGAGCCGCAUUACAUUACUUCAUCACAUACUAGAGGAAGCAGAGGUGAGCCACCCAGAGUUGUUGGAGUUGCCAGAGGACAUUGAGAUCUGUCAAAAGGCUGCAGGUGUUAAUCUGGACUCUAUCCAGUCUGACGCAAACACCUUAUUGAAACGACUGAAUGAGACGGCCAAGAAAGUCUCCAACUCUGUGGAGGAGGUGAAGGAGCAAUAUGCAAAGAUUCUUGAGGAAAAUCUGGUAGCUUGUCGAGCUUUGAGCGAAAGGUUCGCAGACAUCGACAAGAAGAAGAGUGAACUUGCCGUCUACUUGUGUGAAGAUCCCAAUCAGCUGUCACUCGAAGAACUUUUCGGAACUAUCAGGACUUUCCGAGAACUUUUCAUCAAGGCACUGAAGGACAAUAAGACCAGGAAAGAGCAGGCAGCCAAGGCUGAGAAGAGAAAGAAGCAGCUGGCAGAGGAAGAAUCCAAGAGACAGAAGGGAGAGAAUGGAAAAAUAAUUAAGAAAGGCCUUGUGCCGCAGAACGACGGCUGCAUAAUCGAUCACCUGCUGGUGGAUAUCAGGAAGGGUUUCAGCCUAAGAAAGACCAGGCCAAGGUGCGAUUCGGGAAGCCCCAACUCUAGUGAAAUGCGUAGGGAUACCGGCCCACCUGGGUCAAGUGUGAAGCCUGCAAGCGAAGAAGCCGUAGACACAGCCACCAUAUCCGCUCCCACCGUACCGCCGACAGAGGAUCACCAAGCCAGCACAGGCCAGGUGAACGGCUUCACGAAUUCCCCCGGAGAGACUCCUUCACCGCCUCAGGGUGCUACACCCGACCAAACCCAAGGAGAACCAGCCAUGACAACGCCGGCACCCCCAGAAAGGCCGACAUCGCUACAGGAGAGUCUGAGCUCCACAGUAACACAAACUAACCCUCAGGUGGAUCAUCAGCCACUUCUUCUGACGGAUGGGUUUUCGGUAGACUCACCUGAAAGCAGUGUCUUCAGUCCAUCCUCCCUGUCAGAUUCUGACCUAACAGAAGCUGUGUCGGCUGCAACAUCCAGCCUGGUACCUGAGAAGUUAACAGCUGAGAAGCCAGUGGACGUUAGUGUGAAUGUUCAACUCACAGGAAACAAGGAUACUAGUGAAAGGAAAGUAGACAAGGACAUUGAAAUGAGUAAUAAGAGUCGUCGACAAGAGGACCGUCUUGAACCGCAUGUUGCCAAAACACCCAAGCAGGAUAAGGUGGUGAGCUGCGCCCACACCAAAAGCAAGGAGGAGACUUUUAAUGAGAGCAUCAUGGGGUGUGAUGUCCAGGAUGGAGUAGAAACGGAACAUGUGCCAUCGGCGUCUGAAGACGUAAAGACGCCCAAACCCGAGCCAAAGAAACUGCCAAGCUUCUUUAAACGGAACAAAAAGAAGAGUCCAGGUAAACUAUCCAUUCAUUUAAAUGAAGAUUUUUGGAACGCUAGUGUCUUGCCAUGUCUUAAGGGAAGAUUUGUUUUUAUUUUACUAUGAUACAUUUUCGGGAUAUGCUGUUUUAGAGAAUGAAUGCAUGAUGAUGGAUGAUUAUUUUUAUUAAAACAUGUUUAUCAAUGAUGCCAAUGAACGGUUUAUUUGAAUGCUAUGUUUU